AUGCUUGUGCUCUAUUAUUGUGCUUGUUGUUAUAUACUUUAGAGAUAAGAGAAGAAAAAUAAUUUGAUUAUUUAAUUUAUUAAUUUAUAACAAACAUAUAUGAAGGCAGAUAGUUUUUAAACUAAAUUCCUAGCACAAUAGAUUAAGAAUAAAAUAGAUCCCAAAAACUAUUACUCCUCUUUUAAUCUUGGAACCAGCGUCUUCACUUCUAAAAUGAAAUCAGAAGAGUCAAUUGAUAAAAAGCUAUCUGUUAGUUAACCCAUGUCUCCUAGUUAUUUAAAAGCCAUGAGGGCCUUGUAGGAUAGAAUAAGAACUCUAGAGGGAGAGAAUGGCAUUCUCAAUGAGUAAAUCAAUAUAUCGUAAAAUUAUUGUACAACUGCUCAUGUAAAAAGUAAAUAAAGAAAUAAAGUCGAGAAACUAUUAAGUACUAUGACAAAGAAUGAUGUAUUUCAAAAAGAUAAAACUGAUGAAAAAGAUUAAAAAAUUAAGGAACUUGACAAGAAAUUGAAAUAAUCAGAAAUUGAGAAUGAGGAUAAGAUAGCCUACAUUCAUCCUGAUUAUAAAUUUUAAAUUAGUUAGAAUGAGUCAAAGAUUCGAGAAUUAGCAGAAGAGAUUAAUAAUAUAUAACAAUAAUUAAAUUUGAAUUUAGAUACAAAUGAGAGUUAUAAAAAAAAGAUCACUUAAUUAAAUUAAUAAUUGCAAAAGGAAAAAUAGAUUACUCUAAAUUAUCAAUUACAAUUAGAUACAUUUGUGAAAAGCAGCAAAUAAUGGAAUGAGAGUAUGUCCAAAAUGAAUCAAGACAUUAAAUUAUACAAAGAAUAAAUCCAAGAAUUGUAACAAUAUUUGGAUUGGUAUACUACUCAAUAUCCUGUUGAUAAAUUCUAAUUUAUGGAAUUGGAAAUUAAAUAAUUAUAAACUAAAAAUGCUGAUCUAGUCAACUAAUUGGAUUAGCAAAGAUUAUAAAAUUCACAAUUAAUCUCUGAUAUUUAAUUGCUGAAACUACAAUAUGAAAGAAUAGAAUCUCAAAAACAUAAAUAAAUAGAACAAUUAAAUGCCAAAAUCUUUGAAUUAUAAUUAUUAGUGUAAAGACAGGAAUCCAAAGAUUAAUAGUAAUAAACUUCGAAUAAAAAAUAAGUCAAAAAGUUUUCCAUUACUCAAGUUACAUAAGUGCCUACUUCUGAACAAGAGUAAAUUAAAUAAACAACUGAUGAUGAUACUAGCUUCGUAAUUGUUAAAAAGAAUAAUGAAGAUACUCAAGAUUAUGAGAAUAUAUCAAGAUAGAUAAUCAAAUUGGAACUGAUGUUGGAGGAACUUGACUAGAAAUAUGAUUAAAUUGUAAAACAAGCUUAAAUCGAGACAGAUAUGAGGGUGAAGUAAACAUUGAGAUAAGAACUUAUAUAAAUCUUGGCAUAAAUAAAGGAUAUAAACUAAUAAAUUAAUGUAUUGAUUUCCUAGUAAAAAUCUUUGAAAACUAAAUUAUGA